UUGGUGCAUAGUCCCACCUACCAUACUAAUAAAGAACCCUUUCUACUAGCGCUCAAAGAGGCUUGGAGUAAGACUGCUACAGUGGAUAAUUUCUAUGUAGGUUUUCGAGGCGCUAGAAGUGUGCCGCAAAGUUCUAAUACUGUUUUAUUGCAGCUUGACGUAUUACUA